AUGACUGUCAAUCACAUAUCAGAGGAGAUGCCCAGUGCAGCAUUUGGGCCCAGUAAACAGGAAGAAGAGGACUAUGAAGAUGUGCCCAUAAAUAAGACUUGGGUCUUAUCACCAAAGGUCUAUGAGAGCGAUGUGACUUUGAUCCUAAAUAAACUGCUGCAGGGCUAUGACAACAAACUGCGGCCUGACAUUGGAGUGAGGCCAACAGUGAUUGAAACAGCUGUUUAUGUCAACAGCAUUGGACCAGUGGACCCCAUCAACAUGGAAUACACCAUUGACAUCUUCUUUGCCCAGACAUGGUAUGACAGCCGACUGAAAUUCAACAGCUCGAUGAAGCUGCUCAUGCUUAACAGUAACAUGGUAGGCAAAAUCUGGAUUCCUGACACAUUCUUCAGGAAUUCACGCAAAUCAGACGCCCACUGGAUCACCACUCCCAACCGCCUCCUGAGGCUGUGGAGCAAUGGGAGAGUCAUGUACACACUAAGGUUGACUAUUAAUGCGGAGUGUUACCUUAAGCUGCAUAACUUUCCAAUGGAUGAGCACUCGUGCCCACUGGAGUUUUCAAGCUAUGGUUAUCCCAAGAAUGAGAUCAUGUACCGGUGGCAGAGACGAGCAGUAGAGGUGGCAGACCAGCGGUACUGGAGACUCUACCAGUUUGCCUUUGUUGGGUUGAGGAACACCUCUGAUGUGGCACACACCCAGUCAGGUGAAUAUGUAAUCAUGACGAUCUUUUUUGACCUGAGUCGAAGAAUGGGCUACUUCACCAUCCAAACCUACAUUCCCUGCAGUAUGAUCGUGGUCUUGUCCUGGGUCUCGUUCUGGAUCAAUAAGGAUGCUGUCCCAGCCCGAACAUCUCUAGGUAUCACCACAGUGCUCACCAUGACGACUCUAAGCACCAUCUCCAGAAAGUCCCUGCCCAAGGUUUCUUAUGUCACUGCCAUGGACCUGUUUGUUUCUGUUUGCUUCAUCUUCACCUUCGCUGCCCUAAUGGAGUACGGCACUCUGCACUACUUCACCAGCAACCGCCAGACCAAGAAGGCUAAAGCCAACAAUAACACACAGCAGAAAGCAUCCAGCAUGGUGAAUAUCCGACCUGGAACAUCCCUGCUGCAGAUGAACAACAUUGUGCCAUAUCAUGAAGAGGAUGACUAUGCUUAUGAGUGUCUGGAUGGAAAAGACUGCACCAGCUUCUUCUGCUGCUUCGACGACUGCCGCUCAGGUGCCUGGCGUGAAAACAGGAUGCACGUGCGGGUUUCAAAGAUUGAUUCUUACUCACGAAUAUUCUUCCCCACCGCUUUUGGCCUUUUCAAUCUGGUUUAUUGGAUAGGUUAUCUGUAUCUAUAA